AUGGAAUCUACUCAAUCCUCUUUUGAACAUUUACUCUCACCGAAUUUUCAAGACACCAUUAAAGCAUGGUUAAAAGAGGAUAUUCCCUCCUUCGACUAUGGAGGCUAUGUUGUUGGUGAUGACGUUAAAAGUGCUUCUCUGUUAGGCAAAACACCCGGUGUACUAGCCGGUGUUCCAUUCUUCAAUGAAGUGUUUCGUCAAUUAAAUUGCAGGGUCGAUUGGUUUCUCAAAGAAGGAGAGUUUUUUCAACCAGUCAAGGAAAUUGCACGUGUUCACGGAGCGGCACGUAAUAUUUUAUUGGGAGAACGUACGGCAUUGAAUAUUAUUGCACGCUGUAGUGGCAUUGCUACAAAAGCCAAAAAGUGUAAAGAUCUAAAAAUAGAGCAUGGAUAUCAUGGUAUUAUUGCUGGGACAAGAAAAACUACGCCUGGAUUUCGCUUGGUGGAAAAGUAUGGAAUGUUAAUUGGUGGAGUAGACACACACCGCAUCGAUCUGUCCACGAUGAUAAUGUUAAAAGAUAAUCAUAUUUGGAGUCAAGGCUCGAUCACACAAGCAGUGAACCGAGCGCGAGCAGUCGGCGGAUUCUCCUUAAAAAUAGAAGUUGAAUGCCGCACAGAAGCCGAAGCAGACGAAGCUAUUCUAGCUGGUGCCGAUGUCGUAAUGCUUGAUAAUAUGCACGGUGAUAAAUUGAAAAACGUGGCGAAAUCUUUAAAAUCGCGAUGGUCAAAUUAUAAAUUCUUGUUGGAGUCUAGUGGUGGGAUUACCGAAGACAAUAUUGUGGAAUAUUUUUCACCGGAAGUAAAUUCAAAAUUUAGUCCGUGGUUAUAA